CAAAGUAGAUAUGUUUUUGUAGAAGUUUUUAGAGAACUAUUAGAGAUAUUUGUCUAACAGCUGCCUAUGAUAAAUCGAAUUCAACAUUUUUCAUACAUAAUGGAGAAGUGUUGUUUUAAAUAACAUUAUGUCAUAUACUUCACACUUUACUUUAGCAGUAAAGGCAGGCGAUAACUAAUGAUCGAAACAAUUACGAAACAAAUUGUGAAUAUUGGCCAUGCAAUACACACUAUACACGCUGUGAUAAAGUAUGGAAUUGUUAUAAUGGUAUUGAUAAAUUGAAUUGUUCGUAUGUGACAUAUCCAUACAAAUGUAAAGAUAAUAAACAUUAUUGUGUCCGAAUUGAUAAUAUUACACACGACACGAACCUUUAUCAACAAAUUUCUUAUGGCUGUUUACCACUGAAACUUGCGGGUAACGAUCAAAUCAAUUGUCUAGGAUCGACAGAUGAACGAGAUUAUUGUCGCUUGAAUUAUCCAAAUGAAUCAAACCGAAGAUAUCGCUGCUUAAACGAUACAACAUGUAUUGAUAUCAAUCGUCUAUGCGAUUGUAUGAGUGAUUGUCCAUUAAGAGAUGACGAAGGCAUUUGUCCUUGGUUGGAUGAUGGAACUUGGAUGUUUUUCUCCGGACAUGUUUGA